CAGCUCGAUACGUCAUAGGUGCGCAUGCGUUCGUGAUUAUUUAGGUCGACCGAUUAUUUGUCAGCCAUUCUAUCUGCGAUCGGAGUGCUGUCAGGGACAAAAUGUACACAAGGAUAUCUAUUUUAGUGAUAUUUUCAGCGUUAGCUGUUAAUUGUUAUGGGGAUACUAUAAAGAUUGUCCCGGAGUUGCCAGAGCUACUGAUAUUGGAAGGAGACAGUCUUGAACUAAACUGUAUGCAUGAGUACAACUCAGAUACCAAUACAGAAAUGGCAGUUUUUAUAAAAGAGAAACAGGUCAUAACCUUGGACAAUACUGAUGGUUAUGUGAUAACUACAAAAACUACAGUAGAAGAUCCAGCUCAGAACUUAAAAAGGACAACAAAAACCCUGAAGAAAAACAUUACUUCUCAGUCUGACCAUGGAAGUUUCAGCUGCGCUGUUGGUAGCAGUCUCUCGAUAGCCAUUGAAGUCAGAAUUAUCACUUGUAAGUAAAUACAAAAAAUGAGU